CCUCCUCCGCUGAUGUGACCGUUACGCACCACCACAAUAAAUGGAGACGUGACUCUUCUGGGCGAAUCCCUGCCGACGUCACUCAUUCCUAUAUAAACAGGCUGAUGAGCGACUCUGAGCAGACUCAAGCAAAACCGUCUUUUUGACUUUUUCUAAGGAGGGAUUAUUGGAUACGCUUCGUUGGAUUUUGUUACCGGCUCAGAAUCGUUUAUAUCACCACGAUGACUUUGAACAAGGGGGACAAAUUGCGAAAUAUGGACAAGAGAAGAGGGAGCGUGCCCUUCCCAAUGAAUCUCCCCAACCUCCACAGGAGAAGCAUGCCCGUGGACGACCGGGACCUGCGCGCCACGAUGCCACAGACCGGACAGACGGACGAGCUGUCCAACCUUCUGCGCUGCACGUCCUACUCCCCGAACGAGCAGCACCGGGGCAGCUGUGCUUCGGACUCCUCAGACUCGGUGAUCUCCACCGGAAGCGAGACGGACUCUCAGGUGUACAAGGUGGUUCUGCUCGGGGAGCACGGGGUCGGCAAGUCCAGCCUGGCGCGCGUCUUUGGAGGCGUUGAGGACGCCGGUCACGACUGGGAUGAAGCAGGAAACACUUAUGACAGAUCUAUUGUAGUGGAUGAGGAAGAUGCUUCCAUCAUGCUAUAUGACAUCUGGGAACAGGAUAACAGCCAGUGGCUGAAGGAGCAGUGCAUGAGGAUGGGAGAUGCUUACAUCAUUGUGUAUUCUGUGACUGACAAGUCAAGCUUCGAGAAGGCGUCUGAGCUCCGCAUUCAGCUGCGUCGAGCUAGGCAGUCUGAGAACAUUCCCAUAAUCCUCGUGGGCAACAAAAGCGACCUGGUGCGGUCCAGAGAGGUUUCUGUAGACGAGGGUAGUGCGUGUGCCGUGGUAUUUGACUGCAAGUUCAUCGAGACGUCUGCAUCCCUUCACCACAACGUGCAGGAUCUAUUUGAGGGCAUCGUCAGACAGAUCCGCCUAAGGAAAGACAGCAAGGAGGAGAAUGCGCGGCGCAUGGCCAACUGCAGGCGUAGAGAGAGCAUCAGCAAGAAGGCAAAACGCUUCCUGGGCCGCAUGGUUGCACGCAAAAACAAGAAGAUGGCUUUCAGGCAGAAGUCAAAGUCCUGCCAUGACCUAACUGUCCUCUGAGGAACACACACGACAAACAGACUGCAGUUUUUGCUUUCCCUUUGGCCUCUGAAGACCAGAUCCUGUGUGUUUUUACACUAAUCCUAAAGGACUAAUACAGCUGUACAGAAUAUAACUUUUUUUUAGGCACAAACCAAAAGCCAGGACAAGAUAUAAUCAAGGUCCUAUCAUGAUGAUGGUGAGAACCUUCAUGAAGCUUUGCAAACAUUUGAUUUUAUAGUCUACCUUAAACAUUUUGUCAUCAGAGAAUGAUCCUUCUAUGUAAAAUAUCUGAUAUGAUAUUUCUAACGAGCUGCAGAGAUCGCCGUGCUGUCGUGUUGUUGUGCUCCUUCGGUCGAGGGGAUUGAUGUUUUUACUACACAUGUGAAUUAUGUUGAAUGCAGCGUACAUCUCAUUCUUCUACCAGAUCACAUGAAUAGGUCAUCUGGGGUCAGAUUUACUUGAAAAGUGGUGCGCGGGUUCGUGCCUUGGCCAAGUUGUAGAAGACGACUCAAACCUUGGGACAAAAUUCUGUUUUUCUCUGUUUUUUCAUAACACUGAAUUCAGGUGGUGAAUGUAUGAGUAAAGCAAUACGUUAUACUAGUCUCGUGAACUUUGGCAUUAUUUAACUAUUCUUUGUUUACAUUGAUUUUCUUUUUCAAUAAAAUUUGAAAUAAAA